AACAUCUCACUGGAAUGGAUGUUCCCCACCAGCACGGACCCCUCCCCCAACGCCCUUCAUGUCUCCUGUGAGAUGUUAGCUGAUGAGAGACCCUUUACCCUGUUUGAGCUGUAUGAAGGUGUCGAGGCCCCAGAGUUUCAGAAUAAACGCUUUGCAGGACGAGUCCAGUGGGACAAAGACGUCCUCAGAGAAGGACGACUCAGACUUCACAUCUCCAGACUCCAGACUAAUGACUCGGGGCUGUACUGGUGUCUAGUGCUCACAAGUUAUGGGAAGAACUUUAAGGAAUGUCACCUCAAUGUCACUGCAGUGAAGGAUCGACCCGAACCUGAGACAACGAGUGACACCAGACUGAGAGGAGAUCCUCGGGGAAGGAUCGGCCUCUACUGUGCACUGGGACUGACAGCAGCUCUACUGGUUCUUUAUUUUAUCGCUGCUUUGCAAACAAGACCAGUGAUCAGCAGAACAAACGAUACACCAGAAACACAAUACAAGUUAUUGAUCCUUUAAGUGUUUGUACAGAAACAGUCUGAGUUGUUCUGACUGAAGUCAACGGGGUCGUUGUGGUGCAGAGGUUAGAGAAGGUGCGCUGGGAAGCACAAGGUUGAUGGUUCGAGUUCAGGCUGUUCAAGUGUCCCUGAGCAAGACACCUAACCCCUAAUUGCUCCCCGGGCCAAAUGUGAAAAAAGCUGCUAAAUGACCUGUAAUGUGAUGAAGUCCAGCUGAGACGCAUCACAGCAUGAAUGAAAGUCAAUGGUGACAUGAAGUGUCAGGGAGACUGUGGGUGUAGAGUCCAACCAAAGGAUCAACGGUUCCAUCCCUGCUGACCCGCGUGUUGAUGAGCCCUUGAGCAAGACACUUAACCCAGCAUUGCUCCUGUAGCUGUGACCACAGAGUGAGAAUGGAGUGAAUAUUAGUUACUGACGGCAGGAAGCUGCUCAUCAGUGUGUG